AUGAACGAUUUCCCCGUGUAUCUUGCUCAGUACUGCGCCUUAGUGCUUGGCGACUUUAUAAUAAUCAUCUCGAUAAUUUUAACUGGUCCGCGAACACGCUUGCUCCAGACUAUAUUAAAGAUCUCUUCAAGAGUACCAUCGAAAUCAUAUCAGAAGCUAUCUAGAUUGAUUCACACUAAGGACAUCAUCGGUUUUCUUGUUGCUGGAAUCAUGGUGAUAUAUGCUUCCAGGCUGCAAAUAAUGAUCUUAUUUGAAAUUUAUCCCCAUCUAUGCACAUAUCAGAUGGAUAUGUUGUAUAUGAAUUGCGUUUGUAUAUUAAAAGAGUGUUUUAAAGGAAUCAAUGACAAUCUAGGAAACAUGCAAAAAUUCAUAGCCACAAACAAUGAGUUACAUUUUCCUAGACCGAUUUAUUACAAGCAGAGAAAUCCAUUCUUGGUCAUGGAGCUCAAGAUCCUGAAAAGACAACAUCUAACGGUCAGCAAUGCAGUACAAAUGUUGAACAUGAUCUUUGGUUUGCAACUUCUUGCUACAACAGUUAUAACCUUUUCUCAUAUCUCUUUGAUGUUAUAUUACCACAUAUCCAGUGGAUAUUUAUCGUCAACGAAUACUUUAUUUGACGGGUAUUUUCUAUCAUACAUGGCAUACCUUUUUAUAAAAAUAAUAUUAAUAGUGUGGGCUUGUGAAACGGGUAAAAAUCAAGCUCAACAAAUCAUCACUUACAUUUAUGAUGCAAUUAACAGCACUACCGAUGAACAAAUCAAAGAUGAGUUACAACAAUUUUCCUUGCAAAUACUUCAUUGUAAUAAUACAUUUUCCGCAAAAGGUCUUACUAUAGACGCAAAAUUUCUCGCUCGGAUAAUCGGUAGCAUCGCCAUGUACGUGAUGAUAAUGCUUCAAUUUAAGUUUGCUUCAUGCAAAAAAGAGAUGGCAAAUAAUAUUACGGAUGUAAAGCUAUAA